UGUCAAACUACUCAGAAAUAGAAUCAAAAUUAUGUCAAUCGUAAAUUUGGAGUAAGAAAACGGAUUGAAGAAAGGGCAAGAAGAGGAUCCUGGAUCAAGAUCGACAACCACAUUCGGAAUCAAAAGGAAGAUAGGACCAGGAUGACGCAAUGGUGUUCCCUGAGCGUGAUGAAGGCGGUGCUGUGCGUCGGCUGCACCGAGGUGGACUACGUGACCACCGUUGAGAACGUGGACUUCCAGAGCGACCGGUCGCGCACCCAGAACGGUAUCCUCCAGCGCAGCGGACGGUCCUCGAACGUCAGCACGGCCCUCCGGCUGCUGGGCGCCAAUGUGGAGCUGUUCGGCGUGCUGUCCCGCAAUCCCACCUACCGCAUGAUCCUCGACGACCUGGAGCAGCGCGGCAUCGACAUUGGCCACUGCACCUUCACGGACGAGAGUCCGCCCUUCUCCACGAUCGUCCAGGAACGCUGGACCCGUCGUUGCACGGUCUUCUACUGCGACAAGCCGUUUCCGUAUGUCACGGCCGAGGACUUCCGGAAACUGGAUCUGGAUCAGUACGGUUGGGUCAACUUCGAGGCACGCAGUCCCCGGGAAACCUGCGACAUGAUCCGCCUGAUCCUCGACCACAACAACGGGCGGGAGGAGGAGGAUCGCAUAGUGGUCUCGCUGCAGAUCUACAAUGCCUUUGAGACGGUCGUGGAUCUGAUUGGAAUGUGCGACUACGUCUUUGUGACCAAGUAUAUAGCCGAGACGCGUGGCUGGAUGUCGCCGCUGGAGGCCUGCGAGGGAGUCCACCAACUGCUGCGGAUGCCCAGGGACAUCCGGAUCCGAAGACCCUGCGUCAUUGUGCCCUGGAGCAGCCUAGGAGCCGGCUGCAUGACUACGGAGGGCCAGUACUUCGAGCUGCCCGCCCACAAGACCAAGAAGAUCAUCGACCGGGUGGGGGACAGUGACUGUUUUACGGCCGGCUUCAUCUACGCCGCCUUCGUGCGGCAGAGGCGCCUGGCCGAUGCCGUGUACUUCGCGAAUGCCGUGGCCAGCUUCAAGCUGGCCCACGUGGGAUUCGACUGCCUGGGCCACCUGCCGAUCGACACGGUCAAGCUGCCCGUCAAAAUGAAGGUGGGCAGCGAGGCCUCCUCCGACGAGGAGGACGACGACCAGCAGAAUAGCUGCCGGAAGCACCUGCUCCGCCCAUUUGAGUUCCACGAAGCGGGCAAGGACUCGGUUGCCACCGUAGAGCCGGAUCCGGAAGGAGGUCCUCUUUCGGCGGAGCCCGCCCCUGCCAGCUAGGAGGGUGCAAGUCAUUACCAGUACUGUCUUUUGAAAAAUUC